AUGGAGAAUGUCUUUAGCAAGUUUGUUGACAGUGCAGAACUGGGAGGAGCAGUUGACAACCCAGAUAGUUGUGCUGCCAUUCAGAGGGACCUUGAAAAGCUGGAGAAAGGAACUGAGAGGAGGAACCUCAGUAAGUUCAAUAAAAGGGGAGACAUGGACAUAAUGGAGCAAAUGAAGCAAAAGUCUAUGAGGAUGGAUAAGGAACUGGACCAUCUGUCAUACAAGAAGGGCCAGAGAACUGGGUCUGUUCAGCAUGAAGAAGAGAAGAAAGUCCAAGAAGUACUGCAAACUCUGAAUGAUGGUGUGUCUGGAAACCAGGCUGAUACAGAUGUUGGUGCUGUAGGUGGGCUUGCUCAACGUCACACUUCUGUUCUUCGAAUCAUAAUUGAAAAGCUCUUCUGCAGUGUCACUAUAGACACGCUGUAUCAGAUUUUUUCUAGAUUUGGAGCUGUCUUGAGGAUUGUAAUGUUCACUAGGAACAAUAGAUUUCAAGCUCUGAUCGAGUAUGAUGACCCAAAGAAUGCAUAUUCUGCCAAAAUCUGUAUGGAUGGCCGAAGUAUCUAUACUACCUGCUGCAUUCUGCGUGUUGAUUUCUCCAAGUUAUCUAAACUUACAGUAAAGUACAACAGUGACAAAUGUAGAGAUUUCACUCGCUUUGACCUUCCUACUGAUGGUGGCCAAUUAUUCCUGCCAGCUGCUGCCCCUGUCAUGACACCUCCAGUGGUCCAGACACCUCCAGUGGUCCAGUCACCUCCAGUGGUCCAGACACCUCCAAUGUCUGGGCAGGUGACUCCUGGUGCUACUGGUGUUUUAAGAACUUCUGUUUUACUAGUCAACAACCUCAACCCUGAAGCCAUCACACCAUUUGGACUUUUCAUCCUGUUUGGACUGUAUGGUGAUGUGCAACGUGUGAAGAUCACGUAUAAGAAAAAAGAAACCGCUUUGAUUCAGAUGGCAGAUGAAGUCCAGGCUGCAUUAGCUAUCCAGUACUUGAAUGGACAUGUGGUUUAUGGAAGGGCCAUCUUUAUUACUUUUUCAAAACACAAGACGGUUCAGCUUCUUCGUGAGGGGCAAGAAGACUGUGGUCUGACAAAGGACUUUAGCGAUAGUCCUUUACAUCGCUUUAAGCAGCCUGGUGCUAGGAACUUCAUAAGUAUCUGUCCUCCAUCAGCCACCCUGCAUCUCUCCAACUUCCUGCCUUCUGUUAGUGCUGAUGAACUGAAGAAACUUUUUGAGGAGGCAGGAUAUACUGUGAAAGCCUUCAAAUUCCUUCCGAAAGACUGCAGCAUGGCUCUUGUCCAGCUGGACUCUGUGGAAGAAGGAAUCUGUGCUCUCAUGGAGCUUCACAAUCAUGACAUGGGACAAAACUAUAGACUCUCGAUUUCUUUCUCUACAUUGACAAUCUGA